ACGCAAAUGUGAGCGCCGCGCACGGACACGACUCAGGUGCAGAGAAAGCAAACUGGCGGCGCACUUAGGAUGCAGAAGUCACCUGUGGAAGAUGCAAACUUCUUCUCCAAGUUUUUCUUCUGGUGGAUGUCACCGCUGUUGAGGAAAGGCUUCAGAAAGAAGUUGGAUCUGUCAGAUGUGUACAAGGCUCCUUCGUUUGAUUUGGCAGACAACCUCUCUGAGAGACUCGAAAGAGAAUGGGACAGGGAGGUGGUGUCAGCCAAGAUCAAGCCCCGGCUGAUGCGAGCACUGGCCCGUUGCUUCUUUGGCCCUUUCGCCUUCUUUGGUAUCCUCCUCUACCUCGGGGAGGCUUCCAAGACGGUGCAGCCACAGCUUUUGGGUCGUAUCAUUGCAUCAUUUGACCCGUUCCAUGCUCCAGAGCGGGGCCAGGGUUAUUACCUGGCACUGGGACUAACCCUGCUCUUCACUGUUCGAUUCCUCCUACUGCAGCCUGCCAUCUUUGGUCUGCACCACCUGGGUAUGCAGAUCCGCAUCGCCCUCUUCAGUCUUAUAUACAAAAAGACCCUGAAGUUAUCCAGCCGUGUCUUGGACAAAAUCAGCACCGGUCAGCUGGUCAGUUUGAUGUCCGCCCAUCUCAACAAGCUAGAUGAGAGCUUGGGUCUGGCCCACUUUGUGUGGAUCAGCCCUCUGCAGUGUAUACUGUGUGUGGGUCUGAUAUGGGAACUGAUCGAGGUGAACGGCUUCUGUGCUUUGGCAGCUCUGACCCUGCUGGGCAUCCUCCAGGCCUGGCUCUCACAGAAGAUGCAACCUCACCGGGUGAAGAGGGCAGGAAUGAUCACCCGCCGCCUGGCUCUCACCUCUGAGAUUGUGGAGAACAUCCACUCUGUGAAGGCGUAUGGCUGGGAGGAAGUGAUGGAGACCAUCAUCAAGAACAUCAGGCAGGAUGAGAUGACGCUGACGAGGAAGAUUGGUUCUCUGCGCUACUUUUACAGUGCCGCAUACUUCUUCUCUGCCAUCUUGGUUAUUGUGUCAGCCAUUGUGCCCCAUGCACUGAGUAACGGUAUCAUCCUGCGUCGAAUCUUCACCACAGCGUCAUACUGCAUGGUUCUGCGAAUGACAAUGACCCGCCAGCUGCCCGGUUCCAUCCAGAUGUGGUAUGACACGCUGGCACUGAUCAGCAAGAUUGAGGAAUACUUGAUGAAGGAGGAGUAUAGAGAGCUGGAAUACAAUCUUACCACAAGUGAAGUGGAACUGGUCAACGUGUCUGCAUCAUGGGAUGAGGGAAUUGGUGAGCUGUUCGAGAAGAUAAAGGAAGAGAGCAAAGCAAAUGGACACCCGAAUGGCGAUGCCGGCCUCUUCUUCACCAACCUCUACGUCACACCUGUCCUCAGAAACAUUAGCCUUUACCUGGAGAAGGGGAAGAUGCUGGCAGUGGCUGGAUCCACUGGCUCAGGAAAGAGUUCCUUGCUCAUGAUGAUCCUUGGAGAGCUGGUGCCAUCAGAGGGUAAAAUUAGACACAGUGGGCGAAUCUCUUUCUCACCACAGACUGCCUGGAUCAUGCCAGGGACGAUUCGUGACAACAUCCUGUUUGGUCUGACUUAUGACGAGUAUCGCUACACUUCUAUCAUCAAGGCCUGUCAACUGGAAGAGGACUUUGCUUUGCUGCCUGAGCAAGACAAAACACUCCUUGGCGAGGGCGGGGUAACCCUGAGUGGUGGUCAGAGGGCUCGCCUCGGCCUGGCCAGAGCUGUGUAUAAAGACGCCGACCUCUACCUGCUGGAUGCGCCUUUCACCCACCUGGACAUUGUGACAGAGAAAGAGAUCUUUGAGAAAUGUGUCUGUAAACUUAUGGCCUCCAAAAGUCGUAUUGUGGUCACCAGCAAGUUGGACCAUCUCAAACGAGCAGACAAAAUCCUUCUACUGCACAAUGGUGACUGCUACUUUUACGGCACCUUCUCAGAGCUGCAGGCGCAGCGACCGGACUUCAGCUCCCUCCUUCUUGGCCUAGAAGCAUAUGACAACGUAAAUGCAGAGCGACGCAGCUCCAUUCUCACAGAGACACUCCGCAGGGUUUCCAUUGACGAAACCGCUGGCUUCAGACCAGAACCAAUGCGACAAUCAUUCCGCCAGCCACCACCUCCAAUAAUUGUUUCUGGACCUCAAAGCCAUCCUGUAAGUGAUGGCUACCCAGAAAAACGCAAACAAUCGCUCAUCCUCAGUCCCCUGGCAGCUGCCCGCAAGUUCUCCUUCAUUGGAAACUCACAACAUACUUCAAACACACCCCAGUCCAUGACGAUAGAGGACGGGGUUCGGGAACUCUCAGAGAGAAAAUUUUCUGUCGUACCAGAGGAUGAACAAGUGGAGGAGGUCCUCCCCAGGUCGAACCUGUACCACCAUGGGUUGCAGCAUCUCAAUGGGCAGAGGCGGCAGUCUGUCCUGGCAUUCAUCACCAACGCUCAGGGUCAAGAGCGGCGAGAGCAGAUGCAGUCGUCCUUCAGAAGGAAGCUCUCCAUCGCUCCUCAGUGCGAUCUGGCAUCUGAGCUGGACAUUUACGCCCGGCGAUUAUCCAAGGACAGUGUUUAUGACAUAAGUGAGGAAGUGGAUGAAGAAGACAUGGAGCAAUGCUUCGCAGACGAACGUGAAAACAUCUUUGAAACUACCUCAUGGAGCACAUACCUGCGCUACGUCACCACCAAUAGAAGCUUAGUCUACGUCCUCAUUUUCAUCGUCAUAGUCUUCGCCCUUGAGGUUGCUGGUUCAGUCAUUGGCAUCUUCCUCAUUACUGACGAGAUCUGGAGGGAUGGCGCCAACCCGUCAUCACCUAACUACAUCAGUGAGCAGCACCCUAAUGCCUCGGCGCCCCCUGUCCACCUGGCAGUCAUUGUCACACCAACCAGUGCUUACUACAUCAUUUACAUCUUUGUAGCCACAUCGGAGAGUAUACUUGCCCUGGGAAUUUUCAGGGGUCUCCCAUUAGUACACACAUUACUCACUGUGUCCAAAAGACUGCACGAGCAGAUGCUGGGCGCGGUGCUGCGUGCUCCCAUGGCUGUGCUCAACACUAUGAAAUCAGGUCGCAUCAUGAAUAGAUUCACCAAGGACAUGACCACCAUAGAUGACAUGCUGCCUCUGGUGCUCUUUGACCUCAUACAGCUGACACUGAUUGUUAUAGGCGCCAUCUUCACCGUGUCCAUCAUGCGGCCGUACAUCUUCAUCGCUGCCUUCCCAUUGGCUGCUAUGUUUGUAUUCCUCAGGAAGUACUUCCUACGAACUGGACAGCAACUCAAACUGCUGGAGGCUGAAGCUCGUAGCCCCAUCUUUUCCCACCUCAUCAUCUCCCUGAAGGGCUUAUGGACCAUUCGGGCAUUUGGGCGCCAGACCUACUUUGAAAUGCUCUUCCACAAAGCACUGAACACUCACACAGCAACCUGGUUCCACUACCUCGCAACGCUGCGGUGGUUCCUGUUUCGCUGUGACAUGAUCUUCGUCCUGUUUUUCAGCGCGGCUGCUUUCAUUGCAGUGGGAACAAACCAGGACAAACCAGGUGAGAUUGGCAUCAUCGUGGCCCUGGCCAUGCUCAUCCUCGGGACUUUCCAAUGGGCUGUCAUCACCAGCAUCACUGUCGAUGGACUGAUGCGUUCAGUUGAACGAGUCUUCAAAUUCAUCGACCUGCCGUCAGAAGAGCCACGGCCGCCUAAAUCUAGUGGUAAAGGAGGCCCCGACCUCGUCAUCGACAACCCUCACGCUCAUGACUACUGGCCCAACCGGGGCCAGAUGGACGUCCACGACCUCACUGUCAAAUACACAGAGGCUGGACGCGCUGUCCUUGGCAACAUCUCCUUCUCUGUGGACGGAGGGCAGAGUGUGGGUCUGCUGGGUCGAACAGGUUCAGGAAAGAGCAGUCUGUUCUCCGCACUGCUGCGUCUCGCCUCCACUGAAGGAGAGAUCUCCAUUGAUGGUGUUUCGUGGUCCUCAGUGUCCCUGCACACUUGGAGGAAGGCCUUUGGUGUUGUGCCCCAGAAAGUUUUCAUUUUGAGUGGAACUUUCCGGAUGAACCUGGACCCACAUGGUCGUUACAGCGACGAGGAGCUGUGGAGGGUGGUGGACGAGGUGGGUCUCAAGUCAGUGAUCGAGCAGUUUCCAGACAAGCUGGACUUUCAGCUGGAGGACGGAGGCAGCGUGUUAAGCAAUGGACACAAACAGCUGCUGUGUCUCGCACGCUCCAUCCUUAGCAAAGCUCGAAUCCUGCUGCUGGACGAACCCUCCGCCUACCUCGACCCUAUAACAUUAAAGGUCCUGAGGAAGACGCUGAAGCAGUCGUUCUCCGACUGCACCGUCAUCCUCUCAGAACACAAAGUAGAGCCGCUGCUCGAGUGUCAAUCAUUCUUGAUGAUCGAGAACAGCUCCAUGAAAACCUACGACUCCAUCCAUAAACUUCUGAAUGAGACCAGUCACCUGAAGCAGGCCAUGAGUCCCACCGACAGGCUCCACCUCUUCCCAAACCUCCACCGCCUCAACUCCAGCAAGAGGGCGCCUCCACAGGCCACCAAGAUCUCGUCUCUGCCAGAGGAGGCAGAGGAUGAAGUCCAAGACACUCGUCUCUAACGGGCCAGACUCUGAAAAUGACACAGACGACCUUGAUUCAGUGUUGAAUGAAAUUAGCAAGGGACAUGAAAACGAAUGAAGAACGCAGAGAGUAGGACAACAUACACAUGAAUUAAUUUUCAAUAAUUCAUCAUCAAGUUACGUGACAAUUAAAUGUGUAGAAAAAUACCUAUUUGUCGACUGUUGUCGUUCUGACAGCGGACAAAAGAAAGACUAAUACAGCAUGUACAAGUGUGCUCACACACAUGCAACGCACUGUUUAAAACUCUAGUUGGCUAAUUUAUUGACACCUGUUUUGAACGCAAAUAGCAUGUAAUAUUUUGAAUGAGUGCAGGCUAACUAGCUGUGUGUGAACAUGAAUCAGGUGUGUGGAAUUACAGAAACUUAAAGACAGUACAGUCAUAAUAUAAUAAUAUCGUUUUAAGGAAGUGUUAUUAUGGUAAUACCGUCUUAUUUCCAUAGGGAAACAGUAUCUAACCACAUAUUAAAACAUGACUUAGAACAUAUUAUCACCAUGUUCUUAUUGUCCAGUAAAGUGUCACAUUUAUGACUCUAUUCAAAUUUGUGCCUUAUGUACAAGAGCUCACUUCAAAUGUUUUUCACAUGUUCUCUCUUGGGCCAAACAUUUUCUGUAUAUAAAUAUAUACAUUUUCAGUGGUUUAAAACAAGGGAUUACGUUCUAAGGAACGUUUUCUGAGGCGUUCAUACUCUGCUUUAAAAACCCUGAUGUCUGCAGUGACGAUUAAGUUCAACUAAAUAUGUGAAAAACAAAACGACCUUAACGAGCACAUAAUCCAAUCAACUUCCACUUGUGACAGGAAGUACUGAUGCAGACGACGCCAAAGUAAAAAAAAAAAAAGUGACUUCUCUGUUCCGUCUGAAACCGUGUUGACACUAAACCAGCUAAUGAUGAGCUUCCACUCACAGAUACCACUCAAAUCACACCAAUAUUUUUUUUUAAAAAGUCAGGUGUGUAUGUGUGAAUUAGUGACAUCUACUGGUGAGACUGCAGAGUGCAGCUCCUACCAGAGCACAGUCAGGGAACUACGGUGGCCUCCAUGUGGCAAGUUUAUUUGUGUAGCAGGGCAAAAGUGUUUUUCAAAAGCAUAAUAUUACAUGAAGAAAGUCACAGAAUGAUUAAAAUGACAUUAAAAUCAAUGUUAACAUUUAAAUAGCCAGUAAAAUCAUAAGUGAUAAGGAUCAGGAGAUAAAUAUGUUAUUUGCCAAUGAAAGUGUAUUUAAAAGACAAGAAUGAAUUGAUAACUAAGAUGAUUAUUUAAGAAUUUAAGAAAGAAAGGAUGUAAAACUCACUUUUUCAAUUCUCUCCACUCACUUUUGUUGUUAGUUUAUGUCAGUGUUUCCAAACACUGGUCCUGGGUGAAAACAUGUUGCCCUGCUCCAGCACACCUGAUUCAAAUGGUCAGCUGAUUAGUGAGCUCUACAAAACCUGAUAACGAGCCAUUCAUUUGAAUCAGGUGUGUUUGAAAGAGCCGUUCUCGUUGUAGGACUGAGAAACGUCACUGAUAAUCAUGUCAUCGAUUUGAAUAGAUUUGACUCCACAAUAAAUUUAACCCUCAAAAUUCGAUAUUAAUGCUCAUGGCUACUCUUGUACUGCCUGUAGAGCCUUUUUGGAAACUGUCAGUGACACUGCAAAUGGUGACAUCACUGCUAAGGUCCUUGUUGUUGUGGAUUAAGUGGCUACAGUAUCGCUAAAAUCUGGCAUCUGGUGUGAAUUAAGAGGAAGUCUCUGCCUCACACAGCCUGAACCUGAGGUUAAAAAAAACAUCUGUCCAGAGCAGAUAAUGUAUGUGAGAAAAACAAAGCUUUGCCUCAGUUUUUUAACAACUUCGAAGGCCAAAUUAGGUGCCUAAUUUAAUCUGUCGUCAAUGUCAUUAAAUGAUUUUUGAAGCGUAACAUCAUUUAAUUUAUCAUAGACUGUAUUUGAAUUAUUUAGAGGAAACGAGAUGAUAAAACAUGGCACCUGAGUGAUUGACAGCUUCAAUAGAGCCUGGUUGCACAUGGCGCCUCUGAACGUCAACACGGCGUCAACCAAAUCACGAUUCUGGAGGCUUCAAAACAUUGUCGUGUCACAGUUUAAUGAAUUAACUUCUGACAACAGGACGUUGAGCUUAAUGGUGACGGUGUUAAAUAGCAGUCUUAAUUAAAUGUGCGCAAAAAUCAAACAUUCUAAAAGAUGACGAGGUUUGAAGCGAGACUCUCAGUACAGCAGAAGCAGACGUGAAGCGUCUGAACGUUGGAGCAGGAAAACAAAAUGAAUGAAUAAUGAAGUGCGAUGACUCCAGAAGAAACCAUUACUUUUCUAUCUAUAUGCACUUUAGAGACACGUCGAGGUACUCGUCAGCUUUCAACAGUCUAAUAAUUUAAUGUCCGUAGAGUCCCGCGUAGAUAUGGAAUGAUUACAAAUUCUGCUUCUUUCUGCCAUCAAAUCAGAGAGAGUAGCCUGUAAUUCAUUAAAACUAAACCUGAAAAGGGGAAAAAAAGGAUUUAAAUCAAAUGUUUGUUUUUAAACUUUGUUUGUCACAUAUCUGUUGCUUCCCUCUGAAACUGGACAGUUUGACUCCAUCAUCAUCAUCUUUUCUGCUUUGGUUGAGGGAAGACGGUGAUGUUUCUUCUAAGUUUUAUCGUUGUGUAGCAGAGAAGUAAGGUACCACAGACAUGCCUUGAUAUGUGAACUGUGACAGUUAAGAGUUUUGGUUUUUUUUACAGUGUAAAUGAAGAACAAAGCUGUUUGUUACGCAUAGGAAAAAAAAAAAAACGGACACAAGUCCAAUGUCCAAUAAAUGUAUAUGUAUGAAAAUGUAUUUGUUCAAUCAAUUAUAUUUCCAGUAAAACUACAAAUUUUGAGA